AUGACCGCACAAAGGCAAUGUGAUCAGCCACAUGUUCUUUUCGAACACCAGCGAAGCAGCCCCGCAGAUGCGUUAUGCCACUGGUCGGAAGAUCUGGGCGAGAUAGACACCCAACACGCCUCAUGCUCUAAAUUGCCUCGGCAGUCUAUUUCAGAUUUCACUUCACCAGACGCCCCGCAAAUUAAACAAGAGCCCACUCUUGGAUCCCCAUUCGCCCUCAGCAUGCAAUUGCCUCUGGCCGCUGCUCAACCUUCCGCUGCUGCUGAACCGUCGAAUUCUCCCUGGCCAACAGAUAUAUCCUCGUCGAUCAUGUACGGCACAUCUGCCGAUCAUCCUGCCUCCUCGUUGCUGUUACAGAAUCACGACGAUCGAAUCACUUCUCUCGAGCGCACAGUGUGCUCAAACUUUGUCUGUUGUGGAGUCCAUCUCCCCGAUUUCCAUGCUCUCAUCGACCACUUUGAAGAGAACCAUGUGUCAGUCGUCAUGCCCAGUGGCAAGAAAAUCUACCCCCCUCAGGGUUUCCGCUCACAAUCCCUGCGACCGCGUCAGCGACGUUCCUCAAAUUCCCCUGCACCCCAGAGACCCGAGCCACCUAAAAUAGACACUGACGUCUCCUCUCCAUCGCCUUGUCCCUCCGCUAUCGAAUCUACUGCGUCAACGCCAGCUUCUUCUCGCUCCUCUUCUGUGGUCUCGUCUCCACCCAUGCCAGCUACUCCACUAUCUCCACCGGAGCAGUCCUUCGACUCUGUGACCAUCGUAUCACACGACCCUCCGCCACUGGUGGAAUACAAUCCCUAUCUCGGCCUCGCCAUCUCCAUUGUGCAACCACCUGUCCCGAGCCCGCUCUCCCCCUUUAGUCUCGACGUCAUCUCAGCAUUCGGACCGGAAUACGACUUCUCUAGGGACUAUGCCUGUUACGAGACUGCGUGCUUCGAGAUUCGCCGGAGGGAGGAGGAAGCUGAGCUCGAGCGGCAACGGCAGCUUCAGUUACUCGACGAGGCACAGCGGGGCCAGGAGUCCCUCUCCGAAUCGCAAGACAGUCCCGACGAGCUGGAUCUGUUUGCGGUUGACAUCCCGCAAUCGACGUCUGCCUAUAGGAAAAAGGUGUCAAAAACACGUAAAGAGGGUAGUCCUGCCGUUGACGCUGCCUCGAGCGAUGGAGGCAAGGUCGUGAAGCCGAAGGCUAAGCCUGCUGCCGGAUCGGGUCCACUGGGACAGGCUGCAGGUGUGGGUCGUAAGCGAGAGAAGGCUUACAAGUGUCCCCAUCAUGGCUGCACCAAGGCAUACCUCAAUCCAAACGGUCUGAAGUACCAUCUCGAAAAGGGAACCUGCAAGUUCGAGGAAGGUUUCGAUUCAUCAUCUCCGUCGCCUUCUAGGACCGCUAGCAACCUCCCAGCUUCCUCCAACCAAGAGGUUUCCCGCCCCGCACCUCCACCUGAGCCAACGCCGGUCGUUGACGCUCCUCCAAAAGUCGAGUCACCACCCUCACCCGAGUUGACCUCGCCACCGCUAGCCCCCACCUCCUUCGUCUACCAGUACUCGACACCGCCUAUGUCAGCCUCAUCGUCCUCGCCGACGGUGGCUGCGCCUCCAACACAGCCAACAUCGUACUCUACAUAUACCUACCCCCAACAACCUUCGACAUCGACGCAACCCCACCACCAUCAGCAGUCGAGCCACGCCGAGGACCCAAGUUCCCCAAUGUCGCCCUCAACGCCCAUGGAGCGCCAUGUUGAUUCGAGUCGGUCUGCGGGUGUACCACCUCCUCAGGACGAAUUAACCCAAAACUCAAAAUUCACCGUCGCCUACGAACAACAUCUCCAAAGCCAUCAUCCUAUGGCUCGCGCGCAGGUCGUUCUUCACAACGCAUGCUAUCUUCUCUCUUCCCUUCUCUCUGUCACAUUACAAUCAACCCUGCAUCGCAACAUGAAAAACGGCCAACACCAACGCCCACUCGUACACGACAUUGAAACGACUCAACGAACCACCAACUUGGAUACACCUUCGACAUACUCGAUCUGGCGCCUUCGUGAUCCUCAUACGGUUACGAUCUCGCUGUUUCCGAUAACAAGUCCGGCGGACUAUGUUGGACGAUCCGACCCUUUGCCCAUGGCCCGUCGCACACGUUUUGACCUUCGGCAAGUUUAA